AUGUCGUUUCGCACCACUGUACCCGCACUAGGUUCCAGUGCGAAGGGAUAUCAAAACCGUGUGAUGGUGUAUGCCCACCGCCGCCGCCGUGCCCGUUAUUUACCACCCAAAAACGCCCACGUGCUCUCCCCAUUGGCCCACAAAUCCCCAGAGGAGUACGGCAACACGUGGGAUCCACGCACUGGUGUGGAGUGGCACAAUCGACUACGCCGCCGCGGCGCCUACCGUCACUGGCCGUGGGCGCGCUGGACAGAUGAUCCCAUUCGCCACCACCGCGAGGCGCCGUACAGCAGAACCUUCUCAGCCGCUUCAGAGGGCGCCAAUGAUGGAGUGCCUCUCUGGAAUUAUUACGCUGAGGUCGGACAGGAGUACGCCACACUGAGUCACUUCCCAUUGCAUUACAUGGCGCCUUUUAUUCACCAGUAUACCGGGAAAGUGUGGGGAAAGGGUGAUAUUGAAACCUAUUUAAAGGUGAUAGAAGAACGCACAGGAUUGCGGACUAUUCAAGCAGUUCAUGAUGCUCUUCCACAGUUGCUAGAAUGGGGAGAGAUGGAGGUGGGUGUAGUACCUCACGGAUUGCUUCAGCAUGUGGAGAUGCUGGCGAAAGAUAUUGUCUUGCAAAAUAAGAAAAAAACAUUUAGGAAAGAGUUACAUGAGAGUGGUAUUUUACGAACAGCCACAAUGGAACGCUAUUAUGCUUUACCACAUCUCCGUUCAGGCCCAGCAAUGCCAACUACACUUGAGCAGCCUUCUGGAGAGUUCCCAUGGGGGAAGUAUACCUACAUGCUUAAAGGGACGAAAAUUCAUCCAUUGCAGCGACCAGAUGGAUUGUAUAAGGAAAAUAUGUACCCUGCCUAG